CAUCAUCAUCCACCCCCCUAUACCCCUCUCUUUUCCCAUCUGAAAACCCAAUUUUGCCCUUCUGUUUUUGGGUUCUUUCAACCUUCAUGGGAUCAUCAGAAAGACCAAAGAAAAAGGUUCAAUUAUGGAAGAAAGCCACAGUCCAUUUCUUGUUAUGUUUCAUCAUGGGCUUCUUCACUGGCUUUGCUCCUACAAACAACCCUUCUUUCCCUACCACUCAUGUUAUUACAUCCAAUCGUUCGCCGGAGAUAUCUCCGUCACCGGAGGAAAUCUCCGGCAAAGUUUCCGAACAAGAAAGUGGGAAUUUCGAUAGGAGCGUGUUGGAUGAAUCUUCAUCGAUGAAAGUACACGAAAGGCCUAAUCUUGAUCGAAAACAAGAGACGGAUGACAAGGGCGAAACGGGCAACGAGGUAAAUUUAACCCCUCAGAGGCUUGUGAUCGUCGUCACUCCAACGAGCGACAAAGAUGAUCUUCGAGGGGUGCUUUUGAGAAAAAUGGCAAACACGUUGUCGUUAGUUCCUCCGCCGCUGUUGUGGGUUGUCGUGGAAUCUCAAUCCGAGUCUACGGAAGUAUCUGACAUUUUGCGGAAAACUAAUGUCAUGUAUAGACAUUUGGUGUUUAAGGAGAAUUUUACGGAUGUGGAAAUCGAAAUGGAUCAUCAAAGAAAUGUCGCGCUUAAGCACAUCGAGUAUCAUAGGUUAAGCGGGAUCGUUCAUUUUGCUUCGCUCUACAACAUUUACGAUCUAAGCUUCUUUGAUGAGAUCAGAGCCAUCGAGGUGUUUGGGACAUGGCCAAUGGCAUUUUUAUCAGCAAAUAGACAAAAAGUGAGAAUUGAGGGGCCAGUUUGUGAUUCCUCUGAAGUUGUAGGGUGGCAUUUGAAAAAUCUGAACAACUCAGAAGAUGAUGCGACCAGAUCACCUGUUCAUAUCUCCACCGUUGGAUUUAACAGUUCAAUAUUGUGGGACCCGGAAAGAUGGGGUCGGCUUUCAUCUGCCCAACACACCUCUCAGAAUUCUAUAAAGUUUGUGAAGGAAGAAGUCCUUGAGGAGGAAACCAAAUUGAAGGGGGUCCCACAAGAUGGUUGCUCCAAAAUAAUGCUAUGGAAUCUUCAUAUUCCAAGAAUCAUUAAAGGGUAAUUAGGUCAAACAGUAAAUGCAUUGUAAUUCAUUCCUCAUUCUCAUAUUGUAUCAUAGGUUUUUUUUUAGCCAAACCCACAAAUAUAUACAUUUUUGUAACCAAAUAAUAUACAAAAUCAAUUGUUUUGAUAGG